AUGGAAGCGAAAUUCAUUAUUGGCAAGCACGGUGACAGGAGACCCCAGAGGGCUGAGCCGCAAAGAAUUUGCAGAGCCGUAUGGCUAACUCCAUGGCCUAGUUUGAUCUUGAAGUUAUUGUCUUGGAUAAUCCUCUCAAAUCUGUUCCUGCACUUAAGAGCCACUCAUCACAUGAGGGAGCUCCCUCUCAGGUUCCUUUACAUCGCCCUGUCAGAAAUGACUUUCAGGGAACAGACAUCACAUCAAAUCAUCCAACAGAUGUCCCUUUCAAAUAAGUUGGAGCAGAAUCAACUAUAUGGAGAAGUCAUAAACAAGGAAACAGACAAUCCAAUGAUUUUCAGCAGAUUGGCACUGCUCUUAUGACAGAAACCUCAGUUUCUUGGGUGGAAGAACAUGAGUUCAACAGAGGAUGUGUGCACUAUGCUGGCUGACUCUUGCCCUCCUGAGGCUCAUGCUGCUGACAGGGGAUAGAGGGGACACUUUGGAGUCCAAAUCCUGCAUCAUCUCAAUGAAGUGCUGUUCAACAUCAUGGCUCUAAGAAGUAACCCAUUUUAA